AUGUAUAUAAAUAAGGGCUUCGUAUCGAAAGACAGCAAGUUGGAUGGGUGCGGAUGCGCGGAUCAGAUAUUCACACUGAGGCACAUUCUAGAAUUCCGCCAUAGCUACCAGCAACCGACGGCCAUUUGCUUUGUCGACUUCGCAGCUGCAUUAGAUUCCAUCCAUCGUGAGUCCCUGUGGCGAAUAAUGGAACUGGAUGAAGUGCCAACCAAACUCAUUGCCAUGUUUAAGGCCUACGAUCCGUCUACCACCGCACGAGAUGGUCCACAACAAUCCUCUCUCAGUCGUUCGAUAUCCGAUAUCCGGUCUGGUGUCCGACAGGGCUGCGUCCUUUCGACCAUUCUGUUUACCUACGUCAUUGACUGGAUUCUCCGCAAGGCCCAACAUGAAGAGGACGGUAUCGAGCUUGCCCCCGGACGCCAGCUAACUGAUCUUGACUAG